AAAACACAGAGGAAAAUAUACAAUAUGGCUGGCCACUCCACAGUAGGUUUUUACCCUGACACUCCUAGGACUGCAAUGAUUUUUCCUCCUAAUUUUCUUUUUAUCCACUCCUUAGGUCAGCCAUUUGACCAUCCAUCCUUCUGGAUUCCUACCUACUUUUUAGAAAAAGGCAUCGUUCUUUCCCAUCCCCACCUUUCCAUAGUCACUAUUUCUUCCUCUUUCCACAGAUUGGAAAUGGGGCUCCAGAAAAACCAGGGUGUUUCCCAAAGUACCCAGACAUUCUGGCUGGGAGUCAAGCCAUUAAAACAAUCAUGGUCAACACAGAGAGGGAGUGGCAUUCAGAGCCAGUUGCCUAGUUCUAUCCUUGGCUUGGCUCUUUAAUCCCUUUCCCAGUUUCAGCUUUACAAAGAGUGAAGGUUUUAGGGAUGGAAUACAUCUCUGACCUUUCAUUUUAUAAAUGAAAAACAAAACAAAACAAAACAAAGCCUUGAAGUUCAUAAAGGAGAAGGGAGUUACCCAAGAUCAUCAUACAGGGAGUAAAGAACUAAGUCAGGAUUUGAUUCUAAUCUUCUGAUGCUAAAUCUAGUCCUCUUUCCAACCAUAUUUCACGCCAUUGCAUCUAAAGGUGAAUGAAAUCUUUUAAGCACCACUAAGAAACUUGUAGUUUACCUAAAAUCAUCAUUCUUGGGUUAGCUCAGCUGGUUAGUUCAUGCAGCUACAACUCAGAUAACUAUGGGGAGAUGGUAGAGAGAUGGAGAGGUAUUUUUUGGCCCAAAGAUGCAUCCCAAACUCUUUGAUGCAGGUGCAUGAGUCUCCACAAGGGAAAGUGAGCACAUAGAGAAAUGGUCUCAGGAAAUCAGAGCCCUCAGAGGCUGGUGGUGGUAGAUCCCAUUCUGAAUUCUUACAUGGUUGGAGUUUCAUUUUUCUUCUUUUUUUUUCCCAUUUUCACUCUUCAUUAGAAAGCGGCCCUCCCCAGAUUCAACUUUUAGAAACUAGAGGCCCAGUGUCUCCAUAGAACUCCCUCAGAGUAGGAUUUUAGUCUAGUUAAGGAGAGAUUUUGAUUGUCCCAAUCUAGUUGAACCCAAGGAAGAAAAUAUUGUAGCACUUAUCUUCCAGGUUGUUGUGAGAAUAAACUGGGAUAAUAUUUGUAAAGUGCUUUGAUUACCUUAAGGCACCAUAUAAAUGCUAGCUUUUGUUAUGAUUUGUGCCUUCCUUCUCUUCCCACAUCCCGGUGCUACUGUUACUUUCCAAAGAAUACUCCAAAUCUCCAAUAUUACACUUCUGUCACUUUUGGGAAGCUCUGAAGCUUGGACUUCAGCUUCUUGCCCUGCUCCUCCCCCCCUCCACCCCGACUCCUCUCAGUUCCCGACCCUCCCCGGAGAGAAGUGCUUUAUUAGGGGUAAUGGGAAAGAUUGGAGUGUACGAGUUAAAGAGCAAAAACUUUUUUGGACAGUCUCCAAAAGUACUCCCCUCCCAGCCAUUCACCCCCACACACCCAAGAAACAGGGUCUCUGGAAAGUGGGAAUCCCACACCUCCCAGACUCUAGGAAGGCGAAGUAGGAAGACUCUAGGGUUCCCACACUCCCUCCCAUCGGGGCUAGGAAAGAGGACCCAGGGACAGCAUUACAGGGGAAGAGGCUUAACCCUUGCCGAAGGAAGGUGGGCUGGGCCGGGGAGGGGCGGGGACCCCGCGGCUCUCGCUCCUGCCCUUCCCCCUAACUACCCUUAGCGCAGGGUGGCCGGGAUCCCGAUCCCAGGAGAAGCCCUCCCACCUACGGGGGAGGGGGCGGUAGCAACGAGGGGCGGGGCAGAGGCGGCAAGGGAGAGGCGCCCCCCAUAGCUGGGUACCCCCACGGCUUAGCGUGCGCUAGGACCUGUACUCGUGUUUCAGGCCAUCCCAGCAACCAUGCAAAUGCCAUAGGAGGUGGAACAAGGACAACGUUUCCCAGAGAAUACAGGAAAUGUGGGGUCCUGGAGGCCUCCUGGUGACCUGGAUUUUCAUCCUGGGACUGGGCGGCACAGAGAGUUUCUACCGGCCAGGCCGUAGGAUAUGCUCCACAGCAGCUACCAGACAAACUGUCCCCGUCACAGAAUCCUACCUCCAGAGGGUCUACCAGCCCUACAUCACCACCUGCGAAGGUCAUAAAGCUUGCAGCACUUAUCGGACCAUCUACAAGACUGCUUAUCGUUACACAUCUCAGACAGCCUCCCCACCCCAGUAUGAUUGCUGCCCAGGCUGGAGAAGAAGUAAUGGGAUCCCUGGUUGUGGCACAGCAAUAUGCCAUUCACCUUGUCAGAAUGGAGGAAGCUGUGCCAGGCCUGGUAAAUGCAAAUGUUCUGCAGGAUGGCAGGGAGAUACUUGCCAAAUAGAUGUGGAUGAGUGUAACAAGCCUGGUCAUGGCUGCCCCCAGAACUGCAUCAACAUUCCUGGGAGUUACCACUGCCAGUGCCAGCAGGGAUAUGAGCUGUCUUCAGAUGGGACACUAUGCCAGCCCCAGAGAGUUUCCUCAGGAGUGACCUCAACUCUUAGUCCCACUGGGCAGCCUCAGCCAGAGGCUUCUGAUGAAAUGAAAGAAGAAAUACAAAAACUAAGGAGUCGAGUGGAUAUGUUGGAGGAGAAGCUGCAGCUGAUGCUGGCUCCCUUCCACAGCGUGGCGCCCCAAGUCUCAGAAGAUGGACCUUCGGACCACAUGAGCCUUCUGGCCCACUCCUUCCAGCAGCUGGACCGUAUUGACUCCUUGAGUGAGCAGAUUCUGUUCCUGGAGGAACGCCUAGAGACCUGUUCCUGCAAGAACAAGCAAUAAGAGAUGCCCAGCCAAGCCCAGAGUCCUUGCUUGGCAGGGGAUUGAGAAUGGAGGCCUCGAAUGGGACCACAGAGAACCUGCCACAUCUUUUCCUUUUAAAGAUGUCUGUACUGAGUACAAAUCUCAAGCCAUAUACCACUCAUCUUCAGGAAAAUAGUCUGGACUCUUUCCCACAAGUAGACCAAGCAGCAGGCUGCAAGGGAUAGCUUGUGAUAUUAGGAUGGAUUGAUACCCAGCCUUCUUUUAUCCUUCUUCCAUGACCCAACCUCCCAUUUUUUCUUUUCCCUCAUUAAGGGUGGGACCUCAUCCUCCUUUCCCACUACCCUGUUUCUGGAGUGAUGACAAAAGGCUUCUCCACCCCUGCUACCAUGUUAUUGAGGUUGGAGAAGGCAGGAAUCAUUGGCACCAAGGAGCUAUGAUUACCUAGGUCAGAUUAAGUGCCAAUCUGGCAGGGACCAUUUGGGAGAAGCAAUGGUUAGAACUUGGGAAUGACAAACAAGAUACAAUGGGGGAAAAAACAGGGCAUUUGGAGUAAGGGACCCAGAUUCUAAUCCUCCUGCCAUUUACUGUAUAGUCUUGGCCAAGACAGUUAGCCAUUUUCUUCAUUUAUAAAAAGGGGGAGAUAGUCAGUGGUCCCUGUGUUCCUUUCUGCUCCAGAUCUUUGGAUUCUUCUGUUUCACAAGAAGUAAGAAAGAAUUCUAAAUUUGAAGGCAAUGUGAUAGAAGAGAAGGAAUGUUGGGAUCAGGAGAGAUCUGGGUUCAGAUCCUGUCCCUCACAUUUCCUAGGUAUGCUACUUAAUCUCUAAACUCCUCAGUUUUCCCUUCUAUAAAAUAGCAGAGACACCUGAAGUGACCUACUUACUUCCCAGGGCUGUUGUGAGGAUGAAAGGAGACAAUGAAGAUACAAAGCACUUUGCAAACUUUCAGAUGCUCUUGAAAUGACAGUUAUUAGGCUCAUUCUCUCCGUAUCUGCAGAGAUCAUGGGCCCACGAUACCCCAGAGUUGAAAGGCCCUUUAGGGUUCAUCCAGUCUAAUCUCCCCUCCAUAACAUCCCAAGAUGGAGUACAUCCUAAGCUGUCAAUAAGAGGAUGUGAACAAAUUUCUCUCUUCCACCGUGAGGAUGAGCUGUCCCUAGCCAUGCACUAUUUCCUGUUCCACCAUGUUAUCAACAGCCCAUGAUUGUGUGACAUGACUACUUAAGCAUGCAGAAGUGUCUAAGGAACUGGGUGGUUGUUUUUUUCUCCUCUCCUAUGAAUCCAAUCCACAAAUUGAGCUCAUAACCUUGUCCCCAUUUGUCCUGUGACCUGAGACAAGGGUAGGAAGCCCCAUCUUGAGUCUUGAUUGGUCCCAACUGCAAUGAUGUCCUUCCCUCCCUCUUCCUCUUCAAGCUGCUCCCUACUUGGACACCAGCCCCUGCCCCUGGUACAGCUGAUGCCAAAGUUUAUUUCUGAGCUGUGUUGUAAGGGCAGCCUGCAUAGCAGCAUGGGGAUGACUCACCCAUUUGUCAUCCAAGACCUAGCCAAGAGCAGGCUGUCCGGGGCACGGAGGCAAAGGUACGAGAUCUCUUCCCCACUGACCUUCUGCUACCAUCCUGGUGCCUGACUCCCAGCUUCAGGACGGGCAGGAGGAAGGGAGGCUCCCCCACGCAGGGAGCUUAGGAGGGCAGCGGUGCCCAGUGGGUAAAAUGGUACACUUGUAUCUCAUUUCCUCCCUGGACCGAUCCAUCCAGAAGCCAUUGGUAUUUGUUUAAUGCUGUGUCUAGUCUAACCUUUGUACAAAAUAAAAACAAAACAAAACUGCAA